AGCUGCUUCUCGCUCUGACAGGUGGUCGUGCAGGGGUCUCCCCGAGGUUUGCGUCUUCACCGGGUCCCAGGGCCUGGGGGUUAGACGAGGCGCUGGACUCCUAAGUGUUCCGAAUCCUUAUGAGGAUGCUGCCCCGACGCCAGUCCUGGGCUGCUCCUUGGGAGGACUUUUAAAACCUCUGUUAUCUAAUGGUCCUGCCUGGGUUAGUUUCUACUGUUUAUGCACUCUCAUUUUGGGAGAUGUGAGGUUUGGGGAGAUGUGAGGCUUUGCAGCGAAGACCCAUUCAAGUUCACGCAGGCUUAAGUCUCUUAAUAAACUGUAGUGCGGGUAACCAAGCCGUGCAACUAUUAAGUGCUCUGUAACUGAAUUUGAAUUGAGGUUAAACCGGUUCCAGCUACCACUGACCACGUGGCCCGUGUAGUGUCCCCUUAAUGUGCUAUUGGGAACCCUAAUGGGAAGUGACAAUUGGGAGAAGAAAUAAAGGUACUUUAAGUUGUGAGAUCUAAGGAGAAUUCGGUUUUGAAGAAACAAAACUUAUUUAAAACAAAAUUUUAAACAUCUGGACAGUUAGUUUUAAAAUUGCAUUUUAUUUUAAUUUAUGACAUGCCUUCAACAGCUACUGAUUAAUAUGAUGUUGGGAAAUCGUUAUGGGGAAUUGAGAUGUUUGGUGUUUUUUGCCCCCUAGGGGUUCAAACUGUUUCCUAGAAAACCCUACGUGUUUGGGAUUGCGAUAGAGAGCAUAAUAAAGAGGGGAAUCAAGUGUUCGUUCGUUGUGGGGUGUGCUUGGAGGCUUCCUUUUUAGCCCUUUCCCACAAAUGUUUCCCUAGGACUAGUGCUUUAUUUUUAUGCAACUGUAGUUGUUCAGCAGUACUAAGCCUGACUCUGUAAGUGUACAACACUGUGCACAAAUGAAAUUAAUAACUUGAGUUUAAGAAAAUAAACAUUAUUGAGAAUUUGCCAAAAUGAAAUCUUAAGAAAUCCACCAGUGGGUGGAAAAAGUCAAAUUAGUGCUUGUCAUUCUUUGGUGGUUCUUUGUAGCUUUUUUUGAAAUAAACUUGUUCUUUUGUUCUUUCAUUAUCUACUAGUUUAGUUUUCUGGGAAUGGUAAACUUGGCACAGGUUAUUUUCUUAGCUUAAACCUGUAGAUGCUAGUUAACUUUUUGUCAUAAAGGUUUUGAUUUGUGGUGUGCUUUUCUUUGCAGAACUCUGUAUGGCUUUUCAAUUUUAGUUGAAAUUCCCUCCAUGGCCUUUUGGAGUCCCUUGGUGUGUCUCCAGAGUAAAUUUCGAUUACUCUUCAUUUCAUCAAUGUUGGAGUGGCAAGAAAAAGGAGGAACUGAUUUGGGGUGAAAAGGCAUAAACGAACUGUAAACUUCAAAAAAAUAAAAAUAAAUAAAAAAAGAAAGAAAGAAAGAAAAAGAAAAAAGUAAAGAUGGGUGAAAAGAAACCAGAGCCUUUGGACUUCGUGAAAGAUUUCCAGGAAUAUCUGACUCAACAGACUCAUCAUGUGAAUAUGAUUUCUGGAUCAGUUAGUGGGGAUAAAGAAGCAGAGGCUCUUCAGGGAGCUGGAACAGAUGGUGAUCAAAAUGGACUCGAUCACCCAUCUGUUGAAGUUUCUCUGGAUGAAAACUCAGGAAUGUUAGUAGACGGGUUUGAAAGGACCUUUGACGGGAAGCUCAAGUGUCGGUACUGCAACUAUGCCAGCAAAGGAACAGCCCGGCUUAUUGAACACAUUAGAAUCCACACAGGUGAGAAACCUCAUAGGUGUCACUUAUGUCCAUUCGCAUCUGCUUACGAGCGCCAUCUGGAAGCCCACAUGCGUUCCCAUACAGGAGAAAAACCAUACAAAUGUGAAUUAUGUUCCUUCCGCUGCAGUGAUCGAAGUAACCUGUCCCAUCAUCGAAGGCGCAAGCAUAAAAUGGUACCAAUUAAAGGUACUAGGUCUUCCUUAAGCAGCAAGAAAAUGUGGGGAGUUUUACAGAAGAAAACAAGCAAUCUGGGCUAUAGCAGAAGAGCACUAAUCAACUUAAGUCCACCUUCCAUGGUGGUUCAGAAGCCAGACUACCUUAACGACUUUACCCAUGAAAUCCCAAAUAUCCAGACCGACUCGUAUGAAAGUAUGGCAAAAACCGCACCAACGGGUGGCCUGCCAAGGGACCCACAAGAACUCAUGGUUGACAACCCUUUAAAUCAGCUCUCGACUCUGGCAGGACAGUUGUCCAGUUUACCGCCGGAGAACCAAAACCCCGCCUCCCCCGACGUAGUCCCCUGCCCCGACGAGAAGCCUUUCAUGAUGCAGCAGCCCUCUGCCCAAGCGGUCGUUGCCGCCGUGUCCGCGAGUAUUCCUCAGAGCUCCUCCCCCACGAGCCCUGAGCCUCGGCCGCCCCACAGUCAGAGGAACUACAGUCCGGUGGCAGGUCCGAGCAGCGAACCGAGUGCCCACACCAGUACCCCCAGCCUGGGGAACAGCCAGCCGAGCACUCCGGCUCCCACGCUGCCGGUCCAGGACCCUCAGCUCCUGCACCACUGCCAGCACUGUGAUAUGUACUUCGCCGACAACAUCCUUUACACUAUUCACAUGGGAUGUCAUGGGUACGAAAAUCCUUUCCAGUGUAACAUAUGUGGCUGCAAAUGUAAAAACAAGUAUGAUUUUGCCUGUCAUUUUGCAAGGGGACAACAUAAUCAACACUGAUUGAAAAUAAUCACAUUAUGCUUUCCUUGGUUUUACCUUUGUGUUUUAUAGUUUUGUUUAUUGUCGUUUUUGUUUUUCUGGGGGUGGGGUCAUUCCUAAUAAGAUGUCUGCUAAUUUAAAGUCUAUCUACAUAUUUAUAGAAUGUAAGUUUGACAGUGGAAACAAAACUUUCUCCUUUUUUUUUUUCUUCUCCCCAUAAAAAUCUGGUGAGGGUCACUUAUGUAUUAGAACAGUUAGACACAUUGGGGUCUACUUUCUCGUUUCAUUUAGACAUUUGAGAAUUGGAGUGCAGUCAUAAUCCUAACAGGUAUUCAUUUAAGUUUCCCAUAUUUAUGGUCCAUAAAAUCUUCAAAGCUUAUUGCUACUCUUGGUAUUUCAACAUACACAUUGCAGCUAGGUAAUUUCUGCCAUGAAUCAGCAUGGUAAAAUUACCACCUCUUCCAAAGUCUAUUAACAGCUUAUUUCAGUGUUUUCGGAGAGGAAUUGCCUUUAACAACACUCUUAACUGACAUGCUGUUUAGUUCACAUUGCUCAAGUUGAAGCCGCGCUUUCGUUUCAACUGAUAAUCACAGAACUACUUUGUGUAGAUUUUGUUUUCCAUAAGGGGAAAUGUAAUAGUGCAUUCCUUUCAAAUUAAAGCUAUAAAAACAUGAGGUAAAAGUUCUGAAAAGAAAUGAAACUUAAAUUGAAAAUGGGCUUAAUAUUUAAAAUACCUGUUUAUUCCAUUUCCAGUUUAAACACCUAUCUUUUUAUGCUGGUUUAUUGUAAAAGCCACAGGAAAAUACAGGAGAGUGCUAGAAAUAUAAGAGGAUUAUCUGUAAAGAUGCCUUUUUGUUUCUUUUAAUUUGAACCUUUCAUUUAAAUUCUCCAUUCUGACGUCAUUAUUGUCAGGCAAGGUUGAUAAGUAUACUGAGACUCUGUUAUUCCUUCUAUUCCUUUGAUGACCAAAGAGGUACAGUGGAAUUUAUCCAUCUCACUCCUCGGAAAUGCAGUCCUUUACACACAUGCACACGCGCGCGCGCACGCACACACACACACACACACACACACACAGAAUCUCUGAAAUGUCCAUUUCCUGCCCUCUGUCCAUUCAUCGUCCAUAAUUUCUGAGAAGAGGUGGUAUAGUAACACAUGGGAAAAUGUGGUGGUGAAGUAAUACUUAAAAAAAUGAGAACGUGUGUGCAGAGCAAAUUCUGGUUUUUCCUUCAGAAUUGGCCACUUAAAAGAUUUGCUGUGAAUUCAAGUUGUAAUG